AUGCCUGCAAUUGAAAGUUCUAUAAUCCAUUUUAUGUCAUUAGAAGAACAAGUAUCUAGGCUCAUGGAAGAUUAUAAAAAAAGAAGUAGUCAAUUUACACCUCCGAGGCAGAUUCAGUAUAUGAGAGAACCAUUAACUAUGACUCAAUUCAAUAAAUUACUCAAAUGA